AUGACGGUGGUGAAACACGGCAAAGACAUUGCGGUUCCAUCAGACGGUUUGUUCCGGUUUAACAUCGACGUUAACCAUCAAGAAGGGUCGUCCGUGUCAGCCGGCGAGAUGACGGAGUCGAGGGUGACGUGGAACGUGGUUUUCAGAGAAUGGGAAUCGGUCUUCACGAUGACAGAUUGCAUCAGAUCGCUGGAGAAGAGCAAGUGGUUUAGGGAGGAGCUUCCGGCGCCAGAGUACUGCAUAUUCAGCCGGGGAAGCGGUUUAGCGGCGGAUGUGAAUAUGGAGUUAACCGGAGAAAACCAAGCGGUUAAUAUCGGUCUAGGGAUAAUGAACACGGUGGACUGGAGGUACCUGAACCUGGACGACGGCCUCAGAUAUCUUGAGCGUUUCCUUCUCCCACAAGGCAGAGAAUGA